AAACAGCAAUAAUUAAACUCUACAUCUUCAAGCCGAGGCAUCUUUUUGUUCAAUCUUGAUUCCACGACAGACUAUUGUAAUCGUCUUCACCCAAACACAAUCACCUAGGCACUCUUCAUUGCUAAUAGCCUCCCUAUACGCACGUUGAUGAUUGUUUCGACGAGUCUCUCCGAACCAACUCCGCUAGAUUGUAUCGCUCUCUAAAAAACCCCCAUUUACUUCUUCUUCUUCUUUGCCAUAAUCUCUGCAUAUUCAUCAUCUCCAUAUCAAAGAGCCAGUCUAUCCCCUUGGUCUCCCCACGAACCCUCCAGUCACUGAUUACCCCCCUUGCUCCUAAUAACAUCCAACAUGAGCGCCCAAAGAAGAUUGGAUGCAGUGGCCGGCCACUUGAAUCAGAGCGCCACCACCACCACCUCACCAGGCCUAAAGAAAAUCCUCGAGAAAAACCCAGACGACAUUGUCAUCACUGCCGCCGUCAGAACUCCAUUAACAAAGGCUCGCAAGGGUGGUCUGAAGGACACCCCCACUGAAGAGCUCCUCAUCCAUGUCCUCAAAGCCAUCAAGGACAAGUCAGGGAUCGAUCCUAAUGUUGUCGAGGAUGUCUGCGUUGGAAAUGUGCUGCAACCCGCUCCCGGCUACGUCGCCAGAAGUGCUGUGCUAGCAGCUGGGUUCCCUGUCACCACUGCCGCAAAUGUUGCCAGCCGAUUCUGCUCAUCUGGCCUGUUGUCUAUUCAGACCGUUGCCAGCUCCAUCGCCAUUGGUGCCAUUGAAGUAGGCAUUGCUGUUGGUUGCGAGAGCAUGUCGACCAACGACGACAAACCACCCGAGCUGGGGCCAGUCAUUAGCAACCAUCCCAUUGCAAAGGACAAUCUCCAACCCAUGGGAUGGACCUCAGAAAAUGUCGCCCGCGACUUCAACAUCACGCGAGAAGCUCAAGACAAAUACGCCACCAUGUCGCAUAACCGUGCCGAGAAAGCACAAGCCCAGGGUUGGACCGAUGAUGAGAUUACCCCCGUGACCACCCAAUGGAUCGAUCCCAAGACCAAAGAGAAGAAGACAAUCACCAUCACCAAAGAUGAUGGCGUUCGACCUGGCACCACGUAUGAAGGACUGUCCAAGAUUCGUUCAGCAUUCCCGCACUGGGGUCCCACCACCACUGGAGGCAAUGCCAGCCAAGUCACCGACGGCGCCGCAGCAGUCCUCCUGAUGAAGCGAUCCACUGCCGAGAAGUUGGGCCAGCCAAUUAUCGCCAAAUACGUCAAGAGCACCGUCGUUGGAUUGCAGCCCAGAAUCAUGGGCAUUGGCCCCAGUCUGGCCAUCCCCAAGAUUUUGGAAUUGACCGGUCUCACCAAGGACGACAUUGACCUGUUUGAAAUUAACGAAGCCUUCUCUAGCAUGUACGUCUACUGCGUUGAAAAACUCGGCCUGGACAUUGAGAAAGUCAACGUCCGAGGCGGCGCAAUUGCCAUCGGUCAUCCGCUGGGCGCCACCGGCACCAGACAAGUCGUCACAGCCUUGUCCGAAUUGAAGCGGAGGAAAGCCAAGGUUGCACUCACCUCCAUGUGUGUUGGCACAGGCAUGGGCAUGGCUGGAGUCUUUGUUUCCGAAGUGUAGAACAUGGUCUUCCCAUUUAAACAAUGAUAUAUCCAUAAAGCGACCAAGUCAUCAUCCAAAACAUGUGCAUCUCCUCG